GAAUCUGAAUCUGAGCGCUAAUGGAGGACUGGUCUGCUGUUUCUGUGCUGUUCCUGCUGUUUGAGUGUGUGCUGGUAGUUAAAACUGUAAUGUAUAAUGUAUACAGCAGGUUUCAGUGUGUAUUUAUAAUACAGAAAGCUGAAACUGAGAGUAAUUACUGUUAGCGGAGCUGCUGCUGAUGUGUGUGAGGUUCAGCAGCAGUAGUGGUAUUAGUGGUAGUUGCAGUAGUAAGGGGUGGUAGUAGUAGUGUGUUAUUAAUGAACAGCGGGAGGAAAGUCCUGGUGAACUGCUGUGUUAUCGCUCUUCAGGAUUCUCGACUUCUCUAUCCCUGCUGCAAAUUAUGCCUGUGCCGCUCAGCAGAGGAGUCUGACUCCAGAAGCAGAUGUAUAAAAUGUGGCUUCACAUGUGAUAUACAAAAUGUGGACUACAGAUACAGGCUGUCACUUAAGGUAUCUCGAGGCAGAAAUAUACUCAGAGUAACAGUUUUUGGAGGUUGCUUAAAUCCCUUCUUUGGUGUUACUGCAGGUGAUUUGCAGAGGUUUGUUGAUUCUGAACAAGCAGAAGGCCCACAUAGUUUACAUCAGCUGCUAAUCAAAUCAGUGGAAGAUUGCUUUAUUGGGAAAAGCUUUGUUUUUGGAUUUAAGCUUUCUGGUCUGGAGGCAGAGUCCUGCUUGCUUAAUGAGCAGAAUCCUUCGCUGGGUUUUGGAGCUGAAUCUGCACAGCUUGUGGCCUGUCAAAUACUUUCCCCAAAUGGAGCUUUUCUGGGCAUGACUGUUUUUGCUUACUUGCAGAGCAUCUUGCAGGCGAGUCGUUCUGCAUCUUCUCAAGAAACGGAUUGUCAGUCACUGCAGAAGGAUUCGCUGCUGAACAGCUCUGAGUAUACUCUGCCCUUAUGUGUGAGUUCACAAUCAGAAGCCAGUGGGGUUGGUCUUACACAGUUAUGGCAAACUGCAUCAGAUAUGGUUUUGUGCUUCUCCCCAGAAGAAGCAAGUGGACACUCUUUGGAGAGGACCACAACAGAUGAUGCCAGUUGUAUUACAUCACAGAAUGAAGAUGCUCCAGGACUCAAUUCUGAACCAGAAUGGCCAGCAAAAGAACGGUCUUUUCUGUCUGAAAGUCAAACAGAUCAGAUAAUAAGUACCCCUGGUGUUCUCUGUGCAGAGGACACGCUUAAGUCCAUCAGACCUUGUGAACGUCAAGAUGAGUCGAGAUGUGGAAAAGAUACUGGGCGUUCCAGCUGCAUUGAUAUGCCAGCAGCCUUGAUUUCAAACCCAGGGACAAACACUGUGUCCUGUGGUUAUCAGCCUGAAAGAUCAGUCAGUGAUCACUGUUCCUUACAGGAGUUAUCUGCUACAGAAUGCAACAAAUCUGCUUUUAAAAAGUCAAAUCUUAGCAAUUCACGUCAAAAUAUGACUUUGGCUUUAGAGGAUGCUCCUCUGUCUGAAUCGUUAGGAAGCUUUGUCAGCUUACAGACUCACAUUUCACACAUUUCAGUCGCAGUUGACCAGGAUGUACUGAAACCUGCAGAUAAGUGCAAGACACUUGAAAGAAACAAAACCACACCCAAAAAAGCAAACUGUCCCCUCAUGCCGUUAGACUUCAACAGUGUAACCAGAGAAUACAAAUACAAAGAAAGGUCACUGAAAAAAAGGAUGCGUCAAAAGAGAAAAUUACUGCCUUCAUCCAAGCCUAAUCUCCCUGCCACACCAAAAGUAUCACACAUCUCUAAGGACUCCGGAUUAGACUCCUAUGACAUAAAGGACACAGUCUCAAAUAGCUCCACAAAGAUCCCUGUCAACACAGUUUCCUGGUUACAGCAUGACCAAGGAGAGAACUCUGCUCAAGAUAAUACAGAAAGUAAGACAAUUACACAAACAGGUCAUGCAACAUGUCCUGAAAUGCAAAGUCAAAGCAAAAACAAUCAAGAAAGCUCAUCCUGUGGUUAUAAGGAUGAGUACAAUUGCUCAGCAGACCUCUUUUGCCAAAGCAAUCUGCACAUUACCAGUCCAGAUCUUACUGAUAGAGCAGUCUCAGAUCCAAAGACAAUAAAGAAAGACUGUCUCUCUGAUAUAAACACAUCUGAGCGUGAGAUUUCCACCUCCUUACAUUUCGCUCCUUCUCUGCAGUCGACACCCAUCGCUUAUCCACAUGAUCACCACUCAUACAAACAGCUGAAAACACUCAACUGCAAAUUCUCAGACUCACCAUGUUCUAGGAAGCAAAUGACUCCCAAUAAUACACAUGUUUUGGGGAGCCACAGCAGCAUUAUACAAGAAUCUCAAGCAAGAAAACCAGAAUGUGAUCAAACCUAUAGUUCUGAUUGUGUGAAUUCUGAUUCAGGAUGUGCCUCUGAGGUGCAAAGGGUUGUAGAACAGAGUGCAGAGUCAGAAGAUGUUUUCUCCACCAACAGUAACGAAUGGUCCAGAGACCUUUUUGCUAAUUCAUUCUGAGGAUACAAUAUUCUGUGAAGUUUGCACAUGUUUUGUAUAAUAUUUUAUGAUUAAAUUAAGUAUGAAUGUAACAUAACAAAUGUUUCUAAAUGAAAUGGCUAAAAAUUAAGUUUGCAUGAGUUUGCUUUUUGUCAAAAAAAGUUUCUCAUAUAAUAUUAACAUGUUUUUAAAUACAAGGCUUUUGCUAUGAAAUGUAUGAUUACAAGUUUUCUGGUAAAAAAAAAACAAAAACAUUUGUAUUGUUUUUAAUUCAAAUAAUAUAUUGAAUUAUUCUGGUUUUUAUUCUGGUUUAUGGUCCGGGGU